UAACCACUGUGUUUCGACCUGCUCAAAUUUCCUCGUAAGACCGGGGUUUCGAAAGGAUUUAAUCAUCUCUGUUAUGUAAUCUGUGACAGACUUUUGUAGAUUUUGCUAAGUUGCGUUUCUUAAAUCAGCGUUUGGUUUUUGAAACCCGCCAAAAGGUUGUUUUGAAUAUUGUGUGUAGAGAUGUCGGAUGCUGUUGUGGAUGAUGUUACGAAGCGUCUUUCUGACACGACUGUGGAGGACAGUGGUGUUAGUUUUGAAGGAAAAUCUCUAAAACUUGAUACGGAAGAUGAUGCAAGGGAUGUAAUACAAGCCAUCAAUUCCUGCCAGAAUUUGCACUAUCUCAAGUUAGAAGGCAAUACACUAGGUGUUGAUGCUGCCAAAGGUAUUGCUAAAGCUCUUGAAUCACACAGUGAAUUUAAAAGAGCAUUAUGGAAAGAUAUGUUUACCGGACGAAUGAAAACUGAAAUUCCAAAGGCCUUGCAAUUUCUUGGCAGUGGCUUAGUUUUAUCUGGCGCACAGCUCAUGGAACUUGACCUGAGUGACAAUGCAUUUGGACCAAUUGGAGUAGAAGGACUUGCUAUGUUGUUACGUAGCCCUUCAUGUCAUGCCCUUGAAAUACUUAAGCUAAACAACAAUGGGCUUGGAAUUGGAGGAGGAAAGCUAUUAUCACAAGCCUUGCUUGAUUGCUAUAAUGAAAGCAGAGAAAGUGGGAGAAUCCUUUCAUUGAAGGUCUUUAUUGCUGGCAGAAAUAGGCUUGAGAAUGAGGGGGCAAAAGCACUUUCAGAAGUAUUUAAGACUCUUGGAACACUAGAAGAAGUAGCUAUGCCACAGAAUGGUAUAUACCAUGCAGGAAUCACAGCUCUUAGUGAAGCCUUCGUAAAGAAUCCAAAUCUUCAAGUGUUGAAUCUAAAUGACAACAUAGUUACAGUGAAAGGAGCAGUAGCUUUGUCUGCUGCGUUACCACGCUUGCAGAAACUGAGGGAAAUCAACGUGGGUGAUUGUUUGCUGAAGACUAAGGGAGCAACGUUGUUUGCUGCUGCAUUAACUGACGGUCACAAGGAAUUACAGAGGGUGUAUUUAGGCUUCAAUGAAAUACGUGCAAGAGGAGGAAUAGAAUUGGCUAGGGCUAUGAGGAACAAAGAAAAACUGGUUCUCCUGGAUCUAGAAGGAAAUAUGUUUGGGGAGACUGGCCGACAGGAAUUGCAAUCAGAGUUGAAGGACAGUGGCAGGCUGGAUGCUCUCGGUAGUCUCAGUGAGGAUGAAGAGGAGGAAGAAGAAGAAGAAGAGGAGGAGGAGGAGGAAGAUGAAGAUGAGGAAGAAGGUGAUGAAAAUGAAGAAAGUAAAUUGGAGGAUAGGAAAACUGAGAAGGAAGACAUUGCAGACUUGGAGAGAACAAUACGAGACAUCCAGAAUGUGAAAUUGAAUGACAGCCAGGAGACAAAAAAGAAACCAGAUGGAGGCACAUUUUUGGGAAGUGUGCUCGAGUUUCUUCAGUGUCCAACACAAGAGCACUUCUUAGCUUUGGGGAAUAAUCGAGUUGAGCUUAUCAUGAAACUGAUUAAGGACUGUAAUGAUGACUCUUAUUUGGAGCAGCUUGUGUCAACUUUAAUGAAAGUGUCAUCUUUAAGUGCAAGUAGUUCGGAAGUGACCAAGCAGGCAGUGUUUUCAUGUAGUGAUGCACUGUAUAAGGAAUUGUUCAGAUGGGCAGCAGAACAGGAGCGGUCAUCUUUAGUCAACAACAGUUUACUGGUUCAUUUGGGAUUAAUCAAGAGUGAAGACAAGAAGAUGAAAUUGACAUGGAAUUUGGAUGGUUGUAUGGUCGCUCUGGAACAAGCAAUUAGACAGGAUUAUUUUCCGCAGGAAACUCGGGAAAUGCUGCAGCUUUUCCUGAGCAGACCAAACCUGAGCAUGGAUGCUUUCCCUGCAACUAAAUGUAAAUUGAUGAGUACUUUAUUUCAAUUUUAAGUUUAAAUUGUAGUCACUGUAAACGCCUGGACUUUUGUGUUAAUUGAUAUUUGUAUGGCAUAUGCUGAUUAAUCUGUUAUAUUGGAAUAUGUACUGUGCAAAGGACAUAUCAAAAUUAAAUUGAAAUUCCAGAACCCUGUGAGCUAAUUUACAAAUAUGUUAGCAGAGAAAAGUGCAGACUUGGUGCAACAUUUUUUACUAACUGCUACUUGGCCAGAUGUUUUGCUGUGAGCCUCAAGACACAAUUAUCUGUGGUUGUAGAAAGUAUAUAAUGCAAAGCCUUUUAAGAGAAAGGAAGUAGCAUUCAUUAUGGUGCAAUUGCAUGAACAUUUUUAGAUCAUCCUUUACAGAAAAAUAUUGAAGAUGAACAUUUCUGCUGCUGCAAGAAUUGUCAGCCAUUUAAUGGAUAUAUGUGACUCUCAUUAUAAACUUGCUAUAUG